AUGGUAGACUUUUCACUUAAAAAGGCAAGAACUAAUUGGAAACAUGUUACUAGUGGCUCUCCUACGAAACAAAAAUCACCUCCUUCUCCUUCAAAGGUAAAACAAAAAGAUGGUAAGAGGAAUCCUUACACUGAUAUGAAGGUAUCUGCUCAGUAUUCUCAGUUGCCUACAAUAGAUGCUAAGGAGAGAACAAAAGUUGCUUCUUCAAUGCAAAGGAGGCUUUCAAUCCAUAAUGCUAAUUAUGCUCCUAUGAAAGUUGAUUUUGAUGCACCAUUGCCUUCUAUGCCUAAUGAAAUGACAAUGAUGAACCAACAGAUAGAUACCGAAUUGUCUAAUGCUGAUAUUCAGAAUCAAAAUAAUUAUCCCUUAAAUUCAGCUACAAAGAAAAGAGGUUCUGCUAUUCAUACAGUACCUGUUAAUAAUGCUAGAUCAUUUCCAUCUGAUAUCUUACAAACAAAAUCAUUGAGAAGAAUCUUAGCUGAUCCGACUUUUAAUGCUAAAACUUUUGUCCAUGAUAAUUUAGGAAAUGCUACUGCCAUGGAAAUUGACAGGUUCACAUCUAACCUAUCUGAUUUAUCGUUAGCGGUUCAAGAUGAAGUCAAUCAAAAUGUUAAUAAGUCUUACAAAGAAAUUCUAACAGUGAAUAAUGAUUUAAAUGUCGCUAGUUCUGAAUUAAAAUUACUACGAAAGGGUAUUAAUGAACUAUAUGAAGUAAUGCAACAAUUUCUAGUACUAGCAGAAAAAAGAUUACAAUUCGAAAGACAAUCUAAUAACCAAAAUCAAAAUGAUGCCCAAUCUGCUAAUGCUUCUGGAUUAUUACCUCCAAUGAGGACAUCAAGCAGGGGUGGGUUUAGAAGAGAUCGUUCAAGUGUCAUGAUACUAGAAAAGAUUUGGGAUGCUGAGUUGACUAAAUUGUUUAAAGGUGUAGAAGGUGCACAGAAAAUGGUUUCUGCAAAACCCGGUAGACACGUCUUAUUAGAAAGUGAUAAUUGGGUAGAAUUGAAUGUUACAACCUUAAAACCACUUCAAAAUGUUAAACUUUUUCUUUUGAACGAUACAAUACUGAUUGCCCAAAAAACUAGAGAUAAGCAAAAUGAAUUAAUUGCAGUUCAAAGUAUGAACCUAAAGGAUGUGACUGUUCAAUUGGAUAAUACACCUGGAGGGCGUCUGAUCUUUCAGUUUGGUUCGUCUAACAAGGCAAUGUAUCAAAGUAGAGAUCCUAAGGAAUGUCUUCAAUUUUUAGAUGUAUUUAGAAGAGCAAAGGACGAUUUAUGUGACAUAUUUCAAGCUGAAGAAGAGAAAUCGAAAAAGUUAAAGGAAUCCUUUACAUAUUUAUCAUCACAACAAAGUGCAACGAGAGAGAACAUGAGAAGUCCUGUUAAAACACAGAGAAAUAGUUUAAAUAAUGUCACUCCAAGUAAAUCAGGUAAUGUUACUGAUCAGUAUUUGCUUCAGACAAUCACGAUGUCUAUGCAUUCAAGAACUCGUUCAAGGGAUUUGGAUUCUAUAUCUUCUCGAUUAAAACACAUUGAUAACACAAUUGAAGAAGUUGAUAUAGAAUCUUCGAGAUUAAAAUUUGACAAAGCAGUUGAACUAAUAUUAGACUUGGAAUCAGAAAUGAAUAAUAUUUCGGAUAAAGUCUAUGAUGAAAAUGAAAUAUUACAUAGUUUAAUAUCCUUGAAAAUAAAUCAAAGGAGACAAGAUAUUAUUGCAUCACUUUCUCACAAAAUAGUCAGCACUUUUGAUAUUGGACCAUUAACAUCAGGGGUCAGUGAUAUGAUAAAAUUAGGCCUAUUUGAGGAGGGUCUUGAUUUAUUUCUUCAGAAUAGAAGCACUUUAAUUCAAGAUUUGAUAUUACAAAUAGGUUCAUACGAUAAUCCAACUAAUUAUUUGACCCAAAUAGCUGUUAUCAGAUUUCAGAUAAUUAAGAAAACUGUAUUAAACUUUGAGGAUAUCUUCAGAGGUGCCAGUGAUAAGUUCUCUUCGAUUCUAGUAAACUGGUGUAAAUGUGAAGUGGAGAAUCAUUUCAAAUUAAUUGACAAACAAUUACUAAACGAUGAAAUGUUAACACCAGAAUCAAUCAAAUCAUCUAGAAAACAAAUUGAUGACUUGAAAUCUGUAGGUUUGGAUUUCGUUUAUAAAUUGGAUGAAUUUAUCAAAAAAAAUAACACUAGAAUAAAAUAG